AGGGCCACUUCAGCAGCCGCAGCGACGUCUGGUCCUUCGGCGUGACCCUGUGGGAGAUGCUGACCCUGGGGCGCCAGCAGCCCUACGAGCGCCUCUCCGACGAAGGCGUCAUCGAGAACCUGUCGCACUUCUACCACGACGACGGAGGAGAGAUGUUCCUGUCGCAACCCGCCCUGUGCCCGAGGGAGAUCUACGACCUCCUGCAGGAGUGCUGGAGACGCAACGAGGCCGACCGACCCAACUUCAGGGACAUCCACGUCUUCCUCCAAAGGAAGAAUCAGGGCUAUUCCCCGGAGGCGUGAAGGAUGGGGUGGGUGACUGUUUACGGGAAGACCAAAAAUGGAACGGAGGUCAUCCUACGGAGGAUAGAGUGAAGCGGUUGGAAAGCCCGCGGGAGGCGCCACUUUGAGUGGACGAUUCGCUCUUCGUGGCUCCGUUUCCCGCGCUUUCUCUCUUGCUCCCGCAGAUCCCUCCGCCUCCUACCAUUCCUCACGAAAAAGCUUUAUUUUACAAGGUAUCCGGUCAUGGAGGAAGAAGAUUGGUCAUUUAGGAUGAUGAAGAAAGAAAUUGUGAUAUGUUAUCGUCUGCUGGUGUCGCCCGGACGUCAUUCUGGAGAGAUAAUGGACUCUUAAAUACAUGAUCUUCCGCGACAUAUCAUCGACGUUAAGUAGUGCGUGUAUCGGACCGAAAGUAUAUUUUGCCAAAAAACGGUGAUAGUCAAGACAAUCAUUUACUAUAUUUGAAUGGAAUGAUAACAGGUUUCCUAAAGGGAAGUAGCGAUAGAAACAGUAAAGAAUAAAGUUCAUACUGCACUGGAAAAUGUGUAUGGCGGAAUGGUACAAAUUUCUUCCUCAAGAACAAGAAAAGGAUAAGUUUAGAAGAGGAACAGGAAGAGGAACUGUAGUCAUCCACCUUAUCAAAGUGCAAUAAUUAGCAGCCAAAAACAAAAAAAGAUUAUGACAUUUAAGACGAACAAAAGGCCCAAUCGCUGAAGAGGGCAGACAAAAAUCAAAGCCUGACGCCAACCAGGAAGGACGACUUAACCAGGAUCACAAACGCAGUGAUAUUUUGAGCCUCUUAACCCCUCCCCUCACCUCCUCCCAACCCCGAACCUCUCCCCUCUCCCUUUUUUCUAACGACGAACGCGUUAAGAACCGAGAGAACAAAGUGUAAAACAGGAACUAAUUCUUAACGCAAGUUGUAAUAUCUUUCGACAUUGUUCACAAGAAUGGAUGAACCGACAAACCGUAUGUGAGUGUGUGAGUGUCUGUGUGCAUGCCGCAUACGGUGCCAUUCAAUGACUGGAUCUGUGCGUGGGUUGAAAGUGCAUUAGUGUUUAAAAACGACUGACGUUUCACAUAAUCUGAAUGCUUCUACUGACCUACUCAUUCCUUAGUGUCUUAUAACUUUCUGAGUGCCAAGAGGAUAACAAAAGAGGUCACGUCAUGUGCCAAAUAGAACAAUGAAACAUAAGAGAGAAAAGGGUGAAAGGAAAUCAAAAAGAGAAAAAAGUGACCUCACUUUGCUUGUA